AUGACUGGCCUUAAUGGCUGCUGCGCUCUGGGGCGCGCGCGCUCUGGCCAGCGCAACGUUCCAAGCCCUCCGCCUCCGCCAGCCCCAGCCGCCAGCCGCUCGGGGUGACUUUGCAAAGAGGGACCGACCGGGGGGAGAAGGAGGAGGAGGAGAGCGGCUGUCUGGCCGGCUGCGCGGUGCGGGCUCCCCCGGCCGAGGAGAGGGGCUGGCUAGUCUCGUUGCCCGUCCCAAGAAGCCGCUCGUCCAGCUGUGGCAACAACGCGUGGAGUGAAUCUUCCUGGGGUCUCCUGCAAUACUCCCUUUGAAGGGCCGGAACUGACAGGAGGUUUUCUUGGGGUCCUUGGAAGACUUUCCCGCUUGCUGAGGGAAUUCUCCUGUGGGAAGAACACUUGUGGAUCACUUGCUGUGUGACUGUGCCCCAGCCUCAAGGAAAGCCUGCGCUGGUCCUGAAUUGAGGUUUGACAAGACAGGAUCGAUAUUCUAUGGCUGGCACUUCUCAUUCAGCCCUUACGUGAGUCCGUCACCGAGGACGAGGCCCGUGGAGUGUACCCACCAUGGCAAGCAACAGCAGCUCCUGUUCUACGCCUGGGAGCGGGCAUCUCAACAGCUACUCAGUACCGCACUAUGCGUUCUUCUUUCCGCACAUGAUCGGGGGGCUCUCGCCGCCAGGGGCUUUGCCCGGGAUGCAACAUCAGCUGCCGGUCAGCGGGUACAGUACGCCGUCACCAGCCACUAUCGAAACGCAGAGUACCAGCUCAGAGGAGAUUGUGCCCAGCCCCCCUUCGCCACCCCCUCUGCCCCGAAUCUACAAGCCCUGCUUCGUGUGCCAGGAUAAGUCGUCCGGGUACCACUACGGGGUCAGUGCCUGCGAAGGAUGCAAGGGUUUCUUCCGACGCAGCAUUCAGAAGAACAUGGUGUACACCUGCCACCGCGACAAGAACUGCAUCAUCAACAAAGUGACGCGGAACCGCUGUCAGUACUGCCGCCUGCAGAAGUGCUUCGAAGUUGGCAUGUCCAAGGAGUCCGUCCGGAACGACCGGAACAAGAAGAAGAAAGACACUCCGAAGCAAGAAUGUUCAGAGAGCUACGUCAUCACUCCGGAGGUGGAAGAUCUCAUAGAGAAAGUGCGCAAGGCCCAUCAGGAGACCUUCCCUGCCCUCUGCCAGUUGGGCAAAUACACCACGAAUAACAGUUCGGAUCAGCGGGUGUCUCUUGACAUUGACCUGUGGGACAAGUUCAGCGAACUGUCCACGAAGUGUAUCAUCAAGACGGUUGAAUUUGCCAAGCAGCUGCCAGGUUUUACCACGCUCACCAUCGCUGACCAGAUCACGCUCCUCAAAGCAGCUUGCCUCGACAUCCUGAUCCUGCGGAUAUGCACGCGCUACACCCCGGAGCAGGACACCAUGACCUUCUCGGACGGCCUGACGCUUAACCGCACUCAGAUGCACAACGCAGGCUUUGGGCCCCUCACGGACCUGGUCUUCGCCUUUGCCAACCAGCUGCUGCCGCUGGAAAUGGAUGAUGCGGAGACGGGCCUUCUCAGCGCUAUCUGCCUCAUAUGCGGAGAUCGGCAAGACCUGGAACAGCCGGACCGUGUGGACAAGCUGCAGGAGCCAUUACUGGAGGCCCUGAAAAUCUACGUGAGGAAGCGAAGGCCCAGCAAGCCUCACAUGUUCCCCAAAAUGCUAAUGAAAAUCACAGACCUGCGAAGCAUUAGCGCAAAGGGUGCCGAACGCGUGAUCACGUUGAAGAUGGAGAUCCCUGGAUCUAUGCCACCUCUCAUCCAGGAAAUGUUGGAGAACUCUGAGGGCAUGGACACUUUGGGGACCCCAACGGGGGCCCCCUCCCGCAUAGGCAGCCUAGCCCCACCUCCCGGCAGCUGCAGCCCCAGCCUCUCUCCCAGUUCCAACAGAAGCAGUCCCGCCACACAUUCACCAUGACCGUUCUAGCCACCAGGACAAAGCUGUGUGACCCCCCCCCCAACCCCCGCCACACACUUUGGUCUUUUGUUCCCCGGGAAGCCCGGACAGAUGUUUUGAGGAUCAAGGGUAGGGGUAGGAGGAAGUAGCGGGAGUGGCCUGCUGCCUCAAGCAUCUCUCCCAGCACCCUCCCCGUGUCACAUGGUUGUGGUCAGGCCCGAGGGGGAGGGGCAGGCUUCGUGUACCUGUUCCAUACCAGCACAGUAUCUUUUGUUCGACAGUUCCAGAAAAAAAACAAAACAGGUUCUGCUUGCUAUAAAGACCCAGUUUUUCCCUCACUUUGGGGGGGGGGAGGCACAGUUCACACACAAAGAGUUCUGAAUUUUCUGCAAACGGACAGACACGUAGAUCUGAAGGACAGAUGCUCAAAACCAGGAGUGAGACUUUGAGAAGAAGAAAAAGAAAAAAACUGAACAGUUAUGAAAAAACUCGCCUCCUUUGUGGCGCGCACCCCCUGCCCCCCCACUCUUCGCCCCGUUGUGAGCACACACACACACACCUCCACGAAGGGGUUGCCGCCUGCUUCAUGUUGCAGUGAAAAAUGAAGUGGUGUUUUCUCUGGCUGUUUGCAUUUCAGAUGUUUCAGGGGAAAGGUUGUAAUGUUUUCUGUUUUGUUUUGUUUUUUUAAAUUGCUCAAUCCCGGUUUUGUCCUCGGAAGUUACCCAAAGUUCCCCCCGUCUCUCUCCCCUCCCCCGGCUCCUUUGUCCACUCACACAUGCCUAAAAAUGUCACCAGCAAAUAAAAAGACAAAAAUAAAAGUAAAAUUAGUUCUUCAGGUAAAAAAAAAGAAAAGGAACGUACACAGAGCAAAGGAGGGAAGGAUUCAUUUAAGAGAAAGAAAUAUUAUAUAUAUAAAUAUAUAAAAUAUAUAAAGUUACAUUUAAAAAAAGAGAGAGAACUUUGUAAAAGUUUGGCAUUUGGAGGGUUUUUAGGAAGAGGUCGGCGAGAACAUCAGAAAACAAAAGCAGCCGCACAUUCUUGUACGGAGCUGACCACAAUUUUCUUUUAGAUAAAAACUUGGUUUUUUUAAAAAAAGAGGAAUUAGGGUCUGAUUUUGCCUGAGUGAGGGGGUGUGGCCUGAUAUGCAAAGGAGUUCCUGCUACCCAAAAAAGCCCUCACUAACACCACAGCGGAUUCUACUGUUAGAAGUCUUAUAUAUUCUCGGUUGGGAUAGGGGAGAAAUGAAUAUAUGUUUCAUUCUGCUGUUAAAACCAAUGUUAGUCGAUGGCACGUUGGUGGGGUUUCGCUCUUCCUUCCCUUAACUGCUUGCAGUGACCACAAAUCUUUGGGCCUGGUCAGUGAUAACAAAGCUAAAAUCUGGCAGUUCUCUACAUUUCUCGGCAGUGGAGAAUUUGAGCAACAGGGCAAGGCUUUUGAAUUCUGUGGCGAUUUAAAAGGUCUCCCACUUUUCUGUAAAUUGGAAGGUUUACAGCAGGGGUGGCCAAACUUGCUUAACAUAAGAGCCACAUAUAAUAAACAACAGAUGUUUGAGAGCCGGAAGGAGGGGUUGAAAGAAAACAACUUUAAAUGCAUUCUCCAAGUCAAGCCAGCUGGCUUGUAGAUGUGAUUUAAAGAGAGAAAUGCCUUCUCCAAGCUGGCUGAUAGGGUGGGGGGGGCGGGGCUCUGAGAGCCACACAGAUAUGCGUGAAAGGACCACGUGUGGCCUCAGAGCUGCAUUUUGGCCACCCCUGGUUUAGAGGAUUGUACAUUCUUUCAUGUUUUCACUUAAAAAAACAAUAACGCUAAACCUUGGUUCAUUUAAAAAAAAAUUGGAGGAAAUAAUCUGGAGAGUUUUGUAUUCUGUUUUGUGAGGAGAAAAUGUUUUUUUUUUCCCCCUCUUCCCCCUUGAUUCUUUGGCCUUUGUUCCAUUUUCCUGUGUUCUGGGCAGGACAGUUGGCUUUCUUUUGUUUUUUUGAGAUUGGAUAGGGGGAGUAAAGGCCCAGAUCCAACGUGUUGUUUUUGAGUGCUGGCAGAUUUUGAUCCCCCUCUUUAAACAACUCGCCUCUGCCCCAUAUUUGUGGGGCAGGGGGGGUGCCAUUCAAGGAAGGCUUGACUAACAGUCCCAGCGUCUCACAGAAUUAUUUCCAAGGUUUCUGGAGAUUCUGGCCAAGAAAUUUCAAAAGCGCUGUGGUACUUCCAAUUUAUCUAAAAGCCUUGUUUUUCAUGACUUUUUUUUAGAAAAGAAAAAGAAAAAUUGUGACCAGCCACAAAAACUCUUAUAUACUGGGUUAGGGGUGGAGAGCUGUCUGAGCGCAGGUGGUUUCCCCUCUCAAUUUAUUAUUGAAUUUUUCUUUCUGUCAAGAGGUUUUUAGUGGCUUUAGAAUCUGCUACGACAUGAAACCUAAAACAAAAUAGGAAAGGGGGGGGAGACCUUUCCCCCCCCUCUCCAGGAAUCUCCUCCCUCAGUUUGACGACCCCUGUGCUCCACACGUCUCAGAUAUGUAUAUAAAGCUGUUGUUAUUUCAUAUAAAAA